AUGGGCUUAUUUUCAUCAUCUAAAGAAGAGACCCCCAAGGUCCCUACCAACACUACCUCGUCUAUGAUUAUUGAUGAAGCUGUCCCUAACGAAAUUAACGUUCCUGGGCCCACCACUGUUGCAAUUGAACAGGAGCGCAGAGCUAAUGCUGGUUUAUCCGGCACUGGCCACAGUACUAGUUCUCACCAUGGUUCUACCCACACCCAUGGAACAACUUCUACUCAAGGCUCUAGUACCCAUGGAUCUUCCAACACUUAUGGAUCGACCCCUCAUGGAGUCAGCACCGGAUCAACCACUAAUCCUACUACCGAUUAUUCCACUUAUCCCAAAGAUACUACUACAACUUCUGCUACUUCUCAACAGCCUGGCUUAACCACUGGUCAAACACAGCAAGACUUUAGCACUCCAACAGGAUACCAAGGAACUCCUCAAACUUCUCAACCUGGUUAUGGAACAACUGCCAAUACUUCUUCACCCAGUACACACAAUAAACACGGUUCCAAUACUUCCAGUACCAACCAUUCUUCAAGCCAAGACAACAACAAGAACUCUAAAGAUAAGGAUGAUCAAAGCUUAACUUCUAAGAUUAAGGAGAAGCUUCACAUUGGUUCUGAAAAUAAGUCUUCUUCUUCAAGUUCUCCUACAGCUUUUACUUCAACAGGAGAACAAGUUGAUGCCAACAAGUAUACUAAUCCUGCUACCCAGACCAAACCUACUGGUCAAGAAGGUGACUUUGGCUUCAAAAAUGCUCCAUCUGCUACUGAAUAUCCUGCUGAGUACGAGAAAUACAAGCACGGCCAUGCAGGCCAGACUACCGCCGGCGUUGCCGCUGUUGGUGGGGCUGGCGCCACAGCUGCUGGUUUGUCAUCAAAAAAUGACAAGCUGGGAAGUACUGGCAAGGCUUUAGGCGACAGAGACGUCCAACAGAACUUGCAAAAGGGCUAUGAUGCUGUUUCCCAGGGUAGUACUGGAACCAAAAACACAACGGCUUCUGGCUAUCCUCAGGGUUCUACCACUACUGGCAGCUAUCCCCAGAGCUCUGGCGUUAGUACUACCGGUCACCCCCAGAGUUCUAGCACUACUCAUGGUAAUACUGGAGUUCCAGCAGGUGCCGCUGCUAUCGGUGCUGGAGUUGCUGCCGGUGCCGCUUACGGCGGACAACAUGAGCCUGGUUCCUACUCUACUCAACCCACAUCUGGCCAUAACGCGGGAUCAACCACCGGUUCUUAUCCAACUGGCACUGUAGGAACCACUCGUUCAGUUCCUUCUGAUAGCCAACAGUCCCAAAUCCCAGGUCAAUCUAGCCAUGUGUCUGCUUCAGGAUAUCCUUCAUUCGGAACAACCACUAACACUGGACACCCUACAAAUACUGGUUCUAACUACCAAAGCGGCUCCAACCAACCCACAGGCGCCUAUGAUUCAUCCAGAUCUGCUCAGCCUCAGGAAACAACCUCUCACACCCAGUCUGGCUACAAUACCCAUCCUACUUCUUCUUCCAAAUACACUGAUGAGCAGUUGAGAAGUUCUGAGAUUCCCGGAACUUUCCAUAGCUCUGGAACCACACCCAGUUCUGGAUAUGAGACUUCCAACAGAGGCCUUCACGACUCUCAGAACACUUAUGGAACCACUCACAACACCCACGAAAACAAGGAGAAUGAGGGUGGAAUUACAUCUACUGUAACUGCUGGUCUUUCUGCAGCUUACAAUAGCGUUUUUGGAAGCUCUGAUUCUACUAAUCAGAAUAAGACUCAUGAUUCUAACUUUAAUGGAAAUAGAGAUCUUGACUCUACUUCUUCUGGCCACACUGGUCACACUGGUCACACUGGUCAUACUGGUCACACCGGCACCACAGCUGGCUACACAGGUACCACUGGCCAUACCGGUACCACUGGCCAUACCGGUACCACUGGUCAUACCAGUCAUUCUGGAACUGGUGCAGCACUUGGAGCUGCCGGGGCUGCCGGGGCUGCCGGCUAUGCUGGAACUCAUGGCCACUCUAAUCAACCCGGAACUACCGGUAAUACCGGUCAUACCGGUCACACCAGCAAUACCGGAACCCCUGAGUACACUAGUACCACUGGAACCACCGGUCAUGCCGGAACAAUUGGGCGCACUGAUCCCUCCGACCAUCACAAGAGCAGCCACAAGAAGACCUCUGACCGCACCGGUACUUCCGAGUACAUUGGCCACACUGGCACUCCUGGCACUGGCUACGGCCACGAGCCUUCUAGUGUUGCUGCCACAGGCACUGUUGGCAACCAGAACAUUACUGGUGGAGUUUUGGGCAGCUCACCUGGAGCUGUCAACUUGGGAACUGGGUCUAAGCCUGCCUCUGGGGCUCCCAAUGCUUUGGACUCUGCUUUGCAGCGUGGUGGCGACAAGGUAAGUCGCAGCGGCAAGGAAUUGGCUGCCGGUACCACUGCUGCUAUUGGAGCUACUGGGGCCACUUCAGCUCUUCACUCUGGUUCCAGAGCUGAUUACAACACUCCUGACUCUCAUUCUACCUCUCACAACGUUUCCAAGAAUGACUAUGGCACCAAGUAUUCCACCACAGAAGGUCAUGAUAGCUCUUCUUUUCCCGGUUCUUAUGGCUCUCACCCUAACAAGCAUAACAAUCCUACGACUGGCUCAUCUUUAAAUGAUGGCAAACAGGCUUAUGCUGGCCAGACCACCUACCCUGAAGGCUCAUCUCACCAGACUUCCACAGGCUCUUAUCCUUCAGAAACAUCCUCUGAUAAGCACCAUGGCACUACUGGUUUGCGUGAUGGUUCUCAGCCUAGCUAUGGCGCUACUGCUGGUACCACAGGUAGUCACAACACUCAUGGCACUCAUGGCACUCACGGUACAACUGGCACCACUACUCAGAGUUCAUAUACUGAUCCUCAAGUUGGUGAGUAUGGCACUCCUGGCACUCCCACUUAUACUGGAACCAGUGGUGCUCACGGAUCUCACAAUACUCACGGUACUGCGGGUGCAUUAGGUGCUGCUGGUCUUGCCGGUGCUGGUGCUGGUGCUGCGGCUGCCAGCCAUGGUCAUGGACAUGAACAUGGUCACGAUAAUAACACCCACACUACCCAUGGAACACACGGAAGUGCCGCUCAGAACACUCCUGGAUCUUAUGGUACCAAUACUCAAAGUGUUCCCGGUUCAUAUGGCUCUAACACUCAGAGCACUCCCGGUUCAUAUGGUUCUAACACUCAGAGCACUCCCGGUUCAUACGGAUCAAACACUCAGAGCACUCCUGGUACCCAUGGCACAAUUGCAACUGGAUCUUAUGGUGUCCAUGACAGAAAUACUCCUGGAACUACUGAUACUGGCUCUUAUGGUACUACUCAUGAUAACCAAAGAGGCUAUAACACUCAGACUCCUUCUGGUACUCAGAGUGUCCAGAGCGUUCACAGUUCUCAAGGACUCCAUAGUAGCCAAAGCCCUUCUCAUGGAACCCGUAAUGCUACUGCAGGUGCUGGUAUUGGUGCAAGUGCAGGUGCAGGUGCAGGUACCGGGGCUAGAGCAGCCUCUGCUGAUGAUUACUUGACUUCUGAACAGAAACGCGAGGUGAAGCAACACUACCAGAAUUACAACGAGAGCCUUGGACCCAAUGAAGAGAAGAUUGGGGGUGUUGUUGUUGUUCCAGUUCCUGAGAGUCAAAUGAAGGAAGCAUUGAAUACCCCACCUUCUCAGCUUGCUGAUAAGUACCUAAACCAGGCUGGCGUUGGUGGUCAAUCCAAUAUUGGAAAGCACCACUAA